CCUAAACUGAGCAAAGUCCCUUCACCCCUUUAACUCAUAUCUCUUUUUUAUCUCUCUCAUCUAACCAUAAUAAAAAAAGAAAGUUCAUUGAAUGGCUACCCACUCUAUUUUUCUUCUAUAAAAGCUUAGUUUCUCGCCUUCCUUUUAAUUCAUUUCAUAGGUAUUCUCUGUUUCUCUCUGUUUUUCCUCUGUCUUUUUUUUAGCCAUGUCAAAGGCUAUCAAUCUUGAAGAUAUAAAAAAUGAAGCUGUUGAUCUGGAAAACAUUCCUAUUGAGGAAGUCUUUGAGCAGCUGAAAUGUUCUCGAGAAGGUUUAACAUCCCAGGAAGGAGCGGACAGGCUCCAAAUUUUUGGUCCCAACAAGUUAGAAGAGAAGAAGGAAAGCAAAAUCCUGAAGUUUCUGGGAUUCAUGUGGAAUCCCUUGUCCUGGGUCAUGGAAAUGGCAGCAAUCAUGGCUAUUGCACUUGCUAAUGGAGAUGGAAAGCCACCAGAUUGGCAAGACUUUGUCGGUAUUGUUUGUCUGUUGGUUAUCAACUCUACAAUCUCCUUUAUAGAGGAAAACAAUGCUGGAAAUGCUGCUGCUGCGCUUAUGGCUAAUCUCGCACCAAAGUGUAAGCUUCUUAGGGAUGGACGAUGGAGUGAACAUGAUGCUGCAUUUUUGGUACCCGGAGACAUCAUCAGCAUCAAACUUGGUGACAUUGUCCCUGCUGAUGCGCGUCUUCUUGAAGGUGAUCCCUUAAAGGUUGAUCAGUCUGCCCUUACUGGAGAAUCACUUCCUGUAACCAAGAAUCCUGGUGAUGAAGUUUUUUCCGGUUCAACAUGCAAACAAGGUGAGCUUCAAGCCGUUGUGAUUGCCACCGGUGUGCACACCUUUUUCGGGAAGGCAGCCCAUCUUGUCGACAGCACCAACCAAGUUGGUCAUUUCCAGAAGGUUCUUACUGCCAUUGGUAACUUCUGUAUCAUUUCCAUUGCGGUGGGUAUGCUGGUUGAAAUCAUCGUCAUGUACCCAAUUCAGCACCGUAGAUAUAGACAUGGAAUCAACAAUCUUUUGGUUCUCUUAAUCGGAGGUAUCCCAAUCGCCAUGCCUACAGUUUUGUCAGUUACUAUGGCUAUUGGGUCCCACAGGUUGUCACAACAAGGAGCUAUUACAAAGAGAAUGACUGCCAUUGAGGAAAUGGCUGGUAUGGAUGUGCUCUGCAGUGAUAAGACUGGUACCUUAACUCUCAACAAAUUGAGUGUUGACAAGAACUUGAUUGAGGUGUUCUGCAAAGGUGUUGACAAGGAGCAUGUCCUUCUCCUUGCUGCAAGGGCCUCACGUGUUGAGAACCAAGAUGCAAUUGAUGCUGCCAUGGUUGGAAUGCUCGCUGACCCCAAAGAGGCUAGAGCUGGAAUUAGGGAGGUACACUUUUUCCCAUUCAACCCCGUGGACAAAAGGACUGCUUUGACUUACAUUGAUUCCAAUGGAAACUGGCAUAGAGCUAGUAAAGGUGCACCUGAGCAGAUGCUUGACUUGUGUAACUGUAAGGAAGAUGUUAGAAAGAAGGUUCAUAAUGUGAUUGAGAAGUUUGCUGAACGUGGUCUCCGUUCAUUGGGUGUUGCAAGACAGGAAGUGCCAGAAAAGAACAAAGAGUCUCCUGGUGGACCUUGGCAGUUUGUUGGUUUGUUACCACUUUUUGAUCCUCCAAGGCACGACAGUGCUGAAACCAUCCGCAAGGCCCUUAAUCUUGGUGUCAAUGUUAAGAUGAUCACUGGUGAUCAACUUGCCAUUGCUAAGGAAACAGGUAGAAGACUUGGUAUGGGAACAAACAUGUACCCAUCUGCUGCUUUGCUUGGCCAAGACAAAGACUCAUCCCUUGGUGCCCUUCCCGUUGAUGAAUUGAUUGAGAAAGCUGAUGGUUUUGCCGGAGUUUUCCCAGAACAUAAAUACGAAAUUGUCAAGAAGCUGCAAGAGAAGAAGCACAUAGUUGGUAUGACAGGAGAUGGUGUCAAUGAUGCUCCUGCAUUGAAGAAAGCCGACAUUGGUAUUGCAGUUGAUGAUGCAACCGAUGCUGCAAGAAGUGCUUCUGAUAUUGUUCUCACCGAACCUGGUCUCAGUGUCAUCAUCAGUGCUGUGCUAACCAGUAGGGCGAUCUUCCAGAGGAUGAAGAACUACACUAUCUAUGCAGUCUCCAUCACUAUUCGUAUUGUGCUUGGAUUUUUGCUUAUCGCUUUGAUUUGGCAAUACGAUUUCUCCCCAUUUAUGGUUCUUAUUAUUGCCAUUUUAAAUGAUGGAACCAUCAUGACUAUAUCAAAGGAUCGAGUUAAACCAUCUCCAAUUCCCGACAGUUGGAAGCUUAAGGAAAUCUUUGCAACUGGAGUUGUCAUCGGAAGUUACCUCGCCUUAAUGACUGUCAUUUUCUUCUGGGCAAUGAAGGAAACUGACUUCUUUUCUGAUAAAUUUGGUGUAAGAUCGUUAAGAGACAGUCGUUAUGAAAUGAUGGCUGCUCUAUAUCUCCAAGUCAGUAUUAUUAGUCAGGCCCUCAUUUUCGUCACCAGGUCUCGCAGCUGGUCAUUUGUUGAGCGUCCUGGUAUGCUGCUAAUGACUGCUUUCUUGAUCGCUCAGCUGGUGGCAACUCUAAUUGCAGUAUAUGCUGACUGGUCUUUUGCCGAGAUCAAAGGAUGUGGAUGGGGAUGGGCUGGUGUUGUUUGGCUUUACAACAUUGUUUUCUACUUCCCACUUGACAUAAUCAAGUUUGCCAUCCGAUACAUCUUGAGUGGAAAGGCAUGGCUCAACUUGUUUGAGAGCAAGACUGCAUUUACCACCAAGAAAGAUUAUGGAAAAGAAGAGAGGGAAGCUCAAUGGGCCCUUGCUCAAAGAACUCUACACGGGCUUCAAGCACCCGAAUCUUCUGCACCCCUCUUCAACGAUAAGAACAGCUACAGGGAACUCUCCGAGAUUGCUGAGCAAGCCAAAAGGCGUGCUGAAGUUGCAAGGCUUCGUGAGUUGCACACACUCAAAGGACACGUUGAGUCGGUGGUAAAGCUCAAAGGUCUCGACAUUGACACCAUCCAACAAAACUACACCGUUUGAUAAACGACAACCUGAUUUGUGAAUGAGAGAACGAGAAAUGAAAUCCCCCUCAACAGGGAGGUUUUGUAGCUAAUGACGAAAACGUUUGCUAAUUGAGUGAUAAAAUGAAGGGCAGGGUCUAAAGUAAAAAGGCCCUUAGUACAUGUUGUGCAGAAUUUUGUGCAAGAAAAAUUAAGGAGAACAUAUGAUUUUUUUAUGACAUAAAAAUGUCUCCUAAAACAGCCAAAAUUUUUGCCUGCACAUUGCAUGAAGGUUAUGAGAUGAAGCCCUUUCACAUUUGUUGUUAACCAGAGUGUUGUGGAUAGAAUUGUGUUUUCUUAUUUUCCAGUCUUUUUUUGUGGCAGGAAGCUACUGUUAUUGUUACAUAAAUUUUAAAGAUAAAGAAACCAACUUCCUUCUUUUGGCCGUC